GCACAUGUGGUGACGUAAAUGCGUUCGCUUGUGUAAUUUUUUUUUAUAAAACACUAAGCAGAAACAUUCAUACUUCGGUGAAGGGGCUGCUUUUUAUCAAGGUUAUCAAGGAAGGAUCCUAAAAUGUUGUCUUCAAUUGUUGCAAAAAGAUUGGUAACAGGAAUGUGCCAGGCAGUUUGGAGACCAACCUUCACAGGGACAGUAUCAUCUCGAGGUUACAAAGGAGAGGCUCCUGAUGACAACAAAGCUGACCUAAUAGAGAUUCCUCUGCCACCCUGGGUGGAGAAAAGAGAUGAGCCCAUUGACAUCAAGAGACGACGGCUCCUUUAUGAGAGUCGCAAGAGGGGGAUGUUGGAGAACUGUAUACUGCUCAGCCUUUUUGCAAAACGGUACCUGAACACAAUGACUGUCAGCCAGUUGCAACAGUAUGACAGAUUGAUUAAUGAACCAAGCAAUGACUGGGACAUCUACUACUGGGCCACAGAAGCCCAGCCGACACCUGAAGUGUACCAAGGGGAAGUUAUGGAAAUGUUGAAAGAAUUCACAAAAAACAAAAACCAUGAACAGAGAUUGGAUGCACCCAGCUUGGAGUAUCUGGAAAAAUAAACCCAGUGAGGUUUUUGAAAGUGCUUAUUUAAACAGAGUUAAACUUAAAAAAAAAAAAAAGAAAAACUGAAGUGUAGUGAAUAAUGCUGGGAAUACAUUAUUUCACUAUUGAUUAGUUUUCAUCAUAUAAUUUAAUAUUAAAUGGGGUACUACACUCUGAUCUGCUUUGUAGAUGAGCAUCAGUAGAAGAUCAAUUGAAGAUGAGAUGAACAUCUGUAAAUGAGACGGAGGAUUCUCCUCAUCGGCAGAAUGAAAUGGAUCUGAAUAUAUGUAUUAUAAGUACGAUUUUUUUAAAAAGUGUAUAUUUAACCUGCUUUUUGUGUCAGAUACCCAUUAAAAAUACAAAAUAUACAUAA